AUGUCUCUGAGAUAAAUGCUCCUUUAUCUUUUGUGUAAUUUUGGGAGCAAAUCGUCUGCUAUAGUUACGCCGCUGAUUGUAUGUAUUGAAUAUAAAUGGUUUGUUGGACUCGCCACAGGCUGCAUUAAUUGUAUCAGCUUCUUGGUGGAUUUAUUCCAAAUUACAGUGUCCGGUCAAGAAAUCAAAUUUGACGAAAACUUAAGAGUCCGUCAUAAUAUGGCCUAUUUUAGAAACAGAACUGUAAUAAAGCACAGUUUAUUUACAAUACUUUUGUGUUUGUAUUAUAUUCAACAUGGCGAUGCGUUUUCAAGGGACCGUCGAGAUUUGCUUGAAGACAUAGCUAAAGCAGCAGCGGCUUCUGUUGCGGGUACACAGAACGAGGCUUCUUCAAGUUGGGAUGCUACUAAAGAUAUUGCAACUAUAACAGCUAAAGUAGUAAAUGAUACUGUUGAGGGUACAAAGAACACGACUACUUCAAGUUGGGAUGCUACUAAAGAUAUUGCGAAGAGUUUGCCGCCUAGGAGCCGUCGGGGUUUCCUUAAAAACUUAGAUCAAGCUGCAAAUGCUACUGUUGAGGGUACAAAGAACACGGCUAACUCAGCUUGGGGUGCUACCAAUGAUUUUGCCAAUAAAACAGCUCAAAAAGCAAGUGAUGCGGUUCAAGAUCCAAAGAACACAGCUUCUUCAAGUUGGAAUGCUACUAAAGAUUUUGCAAAUAAAACAGCUCAAGCAGCAGAUUCUGCUGUUCAGGGUACAAAAAACAUGGCUACCUCUGCUUGGGAUGCUACUAAAGAUUUUGCGAAAAGUUUGCUGCCCAGAAACCGUCGGGAUGUGCUUGCCGACAUAGCUAAAGCUACAAACGCUGCUGUUGAAGGUACAAAAAACACGGCUAAUUCAGCUUGGGGUGCUACCAAUGAUUUUGCCAAUAAAACAGCUCAAGUAGCAAGUGAUGCGGUUCAAGAUACAAAGAACACAGCUUCUUCAAGUUGGGAUGCUACUAAAGAUUAUGCGAAUAAAACAGCUCAAGCAGCAGAUUCUGCUGUUCAGGGUACAAAAAACAUGGCUACCUCUGCUUGGGAUGCUACUAAAGAUUUUGCGAAAAGUUUGCCGCCUAGAAACCGUCGGGAUUACCUUGAAAACAUUGAAAUGACAGCAAAGGCCCUUGCAGGUAAAACAAAAAUAGGUAACUCAGCUGAGGAUGCUACUAAAGAUUGUGCAAAUAAACCAGCUGAAGUAAUAAAUGAUACUGUUGAGGGUACAAAAAACACGGGUAAAUCAGCUGACGAUGCUUUGAAUCAUGAAUAUAUAUUAGCAAGGGAUACUGUUCAGGAUACAAAUAACAUGACUGCUUCAAAUUUGAAUGUUACUAAAGAUUUUGCGAAAAGUUUGCCGCCUAGAAACCGUCGGGAUGUGCUUGCCGACAUAGCUAAAGCUACAAAUGCUGCUGUUGAAGGUACAAAAAACACGGCUAAUUCAGCUUGGGGUGCUACCAAUGAUUUUGCCAAUAAAACAGCUCAAGUAGCAAGUGAUGCGGUUCAAGAUACAAAGAACACAGCUUCUUCAAGUUGGGAUGCUACUAAAGAUUAUGCGAAUAAAACAGCUCAAGCAGCAGAUUCUGCUGUUCAGGGUACAAAAAACAUGGCUACCUCAGCUUGGGAUGCUACUAAAGAUUUUGCGAAAAGUUUGCCGCCUAGAAACCGUCGGGAUUACCUUGAAAACAUUGAAAUGACAGCAAAGGCCCUUGCAGGUAAAACAAAAAUAGGUAACUCAGCUGAGGAUGCUACUAAAGAUUGUGCAAAUAAACCAGCUGAAGUAAUAAAUGAUACUGUUGAGGGUACAAAAAACACGGGUAAAUCAGCUGACGAUGCUUUGAAUCAGGAAUAUAUAAUAGCAAGGGAUACUGUUCAGGAUACAAAGAACAUGGCUGCUUCAAAUUUGAAUGUUACUAAAGAUUUUGCGAAAAGUUUGCCGCCUAGAAACCGUCGGGAUGUGCUUGCCGACAUAGCUAAAGCUACAAACGCUGCUGUUGAGGGUACAAAGAACACGGCUAACUCAGCUUGGGAUGCUACCAAUGAUUUUGCCAAUAAUACAGCUCAAAAAGCAAGUGAUGCGGUUCAAGAUACAAAGAACACAGCUUCUUCAAGUUGGAAUGCUACUAAAGAUUAUGCGAAUAAAACAGCUCAAGCAGCAGAUUCUGCUGUUCAAGGUACAAAAAACAUGGCUACCUCAGCUUGGGAUGCUACUAAAGAUUUUGCGAAAAGUUUGCCGCCUAGAAACCGUCGGGAUUACCUUGAAAACAUUGAAAUGACAGCAAAGGCCCUUGCAGGUAAAACAAAAAUAGGUAACUCAGCUGAGGAUGCUACUAAAGAUUGUGCAAAUAAACCAGCUGAAGUAAUAAAUGAUACUGUUGAGGGUACAAAAAACACGGGUAAAUCAGCUGACGAUGCUUUGAAUCAGGAAUAUAUAAUAGCAAGGGAUACUGUUCAGGAUACAAAGAACAUGGCUGCUUCAAAUUUGAAUGUUACUAAAGAUUUUGCGAAAAGUUUGCCGCCUAGAAACCGUCGGGAUGUGCUUGCCGACAUAGCUAAAGCUACAAACGCUGCUGUUGAGGGUACAAAGAACACGGCUAACUCAGCUUGGGAUGCUACCAAUGAUUUUGCCAAUAAUACAGCUCAAAAAGCAAGUGAUGCGGUUCAAGAUACAAAGAACACAGCUUCUUCAAGUUGGAAUGCUACUAAAGAUUAUGCGAAUAAAACAGCUCAAGCAGCAGAUUCUGCUGUUCAAGGUACAAAAAACAUGGCUACCUCAGCUUGGGAUGCUACUAAAGAUUUUGCGAAAAGUUUGCCGCCUAGAAACCGUCGGGAUUACCUUGAAAACAUUGAAAUGACAGCAAAGGCCCUUGCAGGUAAAACAAAAAUAGGUAACUCAGCUGAGGACGCUACUAAAGAUUGUGCAAAUAAACCAGCUGAAGUAAUAAAUGAUACUGUUGAGGGUACAAAAAACACGGGUAAAUCAGCUGACAAUGCUUUGAAUCAUGAAUAUACAAUAGCAAGGGAUACUGUUCAGGAUACAAAGAACAUGACUGCUUCAAAUUUGAAUGUUACUAAAGAUUUUGCGAAAAGUUUGCCGCCUAGAAACCGUCGGGAUGUGCUUGCCGACAUAGCUAAAGCUACAAAUGCUGCUGUUGAGAGUACAAAGAACACGGCUAACUCAGCUUGGCAGGCUAUGAAAGAUUUUGCGAAUAAACCAGCUAGAGAAACGGGUGACGCUGGUAAGAGUACAACGGACACGCGUCCUCCAGAUCCGGAACUUUUUGAAAAUUUGCCGCCUUCAUUAGUAGAUGACACUGAUGAGGAUACAUCGGACUCGGAACCUCCACCUUGGGAAUCUAUUAACAAUUUAGAAGAUAGAAUGCCGCCUGCAGAAAUGGAUGAAACUGAAGAGGAUAUAUCGGACAUGGGUCCUCCAACUUGGGAUGUUAAAGGUAUAAAGAGAAACAUGCCGCAAAGGGUCCGUCGGGAUUUGCUUGACGACAUAGGUAAAGCAGCAAAUGCUACUGUUAAGGGUACAAUGAACGUUAACUCAGCUUGGGAUGCUACUAAAGUUUUUACGAAUAAAACAGCUCGAUUAGCAAGUGAUACGGUUGAACAUACAAAGAACACAGCUGCUUUAGCUUGGGAUGCUACUGCAGAUUUUACGAAUAAAACAGCUCAAUUAGCAAACUCUACUUUUGAGGGUACAAAGAACACGGCUACUUCAAGUUGGGAAGCUACUAAAAAUUUAGGAAGAAUGUUGCCGCCUAGAGACCGUCGGGAUAUUUUGCUUGACGACAAUGCUAAAGCAGCAGUUAUUCCUUAUAAGGGCACAACGAAAACGACUACUUCAAGUUUUAAUCUUACUAGAGAUUUUGAGGACAGGUCCAAUAGGUUUUGAACAUAGUUAUUAUUAUUGAUGUGUUUUUUUUUUUACUUUAAAUCUCACAGAAAGGUGUAAAUGUCAUACCACACAAUUAAUAUCAGCGCAUACUAGUAUCAAUGAAUGUUACAUUAUAUGUCAAACAAUUCUCAUUUGUAUAUAUUUUUUAAAUAUUGUCUAAAUAUCUUAUAGCUGCCUUGAAAACUAAAGGUUAUUUUAAUAAUAAUAAAACUGUUAUAUUUAAACAUAGGGAUAUUACUUUAAGAACACUAAUCAUUUUUUGAGCUUUGUACAAAUGUAUUUUUUUUAUUUAAUAUUUUAUUAUAAUCAUAAUUAUGACAUAUCCUUGUGAUUACAAUAUAACAUCGGUAUAUACAUAAUAUAUAGGUAUCAUUAAAUAAACCAUGGCAGCUGAAUAGGAACAAAGUUAUUUUUUACC